AUGUCUUCCUACAACGAGAAACUCCCCGCUUAUACCUCAGAACCCUUCACGCCGCCUGCAUUCAUCCGCCCAAAGACAAGCAAGAUCUGCUGCAUCACCCUUCGCGACGCCGACAGACUCCUACUCAUCAACACACCGAUGCAAGUUAUCCGCUCCAUCCGGCUCUCGAUCCUAGAGUCCUGGUACAAGCCCAUCCAGUCCGAGGGCACGUACUAUGGCGGCUACGAGUUCAAGGUCAAGGGUAACCCCUGGAGAGGGUUCCGCGAAGAGACGGUCCAUUCCCGGAAGCUAGUCCUGGGGAUCUUGAGGCGGAUGGCGUUUUUGGGCUGGAAGUUGAUCCAGGCUUCAGAUGUUACCAAGAGUCGAUGUGAGAUGGAUUCAUUGUUCUUUGAGUUCAACGGCGAUGAAGGAGAGGAAGGGGAGGGUGAGGAUGUCGAGAGGGAGGGAGAGAUUGUGGAUGGAGAGAGAAGAGGGAUCAAGUUGGAGGUUGGCCAGGAUACUGGUGUGCAGAUGUUUGCGUUGAGCUUUGAGUGGUGGGACCGCCUUCGCGUCAUCGAGGGUUCGCCUGAGAACAUUGCUGCCAUCAAGGAUGCUCUUCAGACUGUCUGGACCAAAGGAAUCCAAUUGGAGAAGGACUAUGCGGGUUCGUACGAGUUCAAGUUGGGGGGAUCGCCAUUCAACCCCUGGAAGUGGGACUCGAUCGAGGCGAGGAUGAUGUUUAUCCAGAUCCUGGCCAACCUCAAGUCGCAGGGGUUCUCGCUCUAUGCGUCGAUUGACAUUAGCCCCAACCAGCAAGACGAGAAGAUUGAGUCGUGGUUUUUUAAGCGAGACAACAACCAGAAGGUCAAGGAGGAGGGAACCGAGAAGCAAGCAGCAUGUCAAUUUACCCGUGGGGGUGAUGACAAGAAGAAUGGUGUCCUUGUCGACUUUUGA